AAAGGGUUGGAGACCAUCGCUCCUCUGAUCUGCUCUGUCAAAGAGACCCCUGAUCCAGUCCAUGCUGAGAUACAAGGGACCAUUCCCCUUUGGAUCAAUGGCAGCCUUCUCCGAAAUGGCCCAGGGAAGUUUGAGUUUGGAGACACUCACUACAACCACUGGUUUGAUGGAAUGGCCAUGCUACACAAGUUCAAGGUGGAGAAAGGCCAGGUGACGUACACGAGCCGCUUCCUGCGCAGUGACGCUUUCAAGGAGAACAGCGAACGGGACCGUAUCAUGGUGUGCGAAUUUGGUACCAUCGCCAUGCCUGACCCUUGUAAAAACAUCUUCCAGAGAUUUUUCUCUUACUUUGAGAUGAUAAGUAAGUAUUGAUUACCCACAGACAAUGGCAAUGUCAACUUUGUCAAAUACAAGGGAGACUACUAUGUCAGCACAGAGACUAACUUGAUACACAAAGUCAACCCAGAAAGCCUAGAGACAAUGGAACAGGUAGACUGGAGCAAAUUUAUUGCUGUGAAUGGAGCUACCGCCCACCCUCAUUAUGACCCUGAUGGUACCUGCUUCAACAUGGGCAACUCCUAUGGAAGGCAAGGAGCCAUAUACAACAUUAUUAGCGUACCCCCUGAGAAGUCCAGUACUGAAGAGACCCUGCAUGGCGCCAGAAUUCUCUGUUCUAUUACCCCUUCAAACAAGUCCCAUCCCUCCUAUUAUCACAGCUUUGCCAUGUCGGAGAACUACGUGGUAUUCAUUGAGCAGCCAAUUAAAGUCGACCUGUUGAAGAUACUCACAAGUAAGAUAAGGGGUAAAGCAUUUGGCGAUGCUGUAUACUGGGACCCCGAGUUGGAAACCAUCCUGCAUCUUAUUGACAAACAUACAGGCGAGGUCAGCCCAGUGAAGUACUACGCCAAAGCUUUCUCCAACUUCCAUCAGAUCAAUGCUUUUGAAGAGGAUGGAUUCUUGGUAGUUGACUUGUGUUGCUCAGACGAAGGACAAGCCAUCAACAUAUACUCCCUUCAAAAUUUACGCAAGUCGGGAGAAGCACUCGAUGAGGUGUACAACACCAUGAGCAGAGUUUUUCCUCGCCGCUUUGUACUCCCUCUUCACGUGACCGAUGACACGCCGAUUGACCAAAACCUCAACACUCGUCCUUCUAGCACAGCAACAUGUGUCAAACAGAGCAACAUCAGGAUCUUCUGCCAGUAUGAGGAUCUCCAUGGUGAUGAUCUCUCUCAGUACGGUGGUCUGGAGUUCCCUCACAUCAAUUAUAAGAAAUACAACACCAAGCCUUAUCGUUAUUUCUACGGAUGUGGCUUCAGACACAUGGUUGGAGACUCACUUCUCAAGAUGGACCUCAAUGACAAGACCCUUAAGGUGUGGUACCAGAAAGGUCUCUACCCAUCCGAGCCAGUAUUUGUGCCUUCACCAGAUGCUGUGGAGGAGGACGAUGGUGUCAUCCUCUCUGUGAUUCUCUCCCCUUCUCAGGAUAAAGACACAUUCCUCCUGGUUUUGGAUGCCAAAACAUUUGAAGAGUUGGGACGAGCCAAAGUUCCUGUCAAAACGCCCUACGGCUUCCACGGUGUCUUCAGUGCCUCUGCCUAA